AUGUCCAACUACGUGAAGGAUAAGUGUCCAAGCUCUUCGCAGAGCAAUCCUCUUUCGAUGUCGCGGUCAGGCCAGCCUUCGUUGCAGUUCGGGAGCAGCUCCAAUUCCAGAAGCUCCCGGUCCAAUCCCCGCCUCUGGAGGCGGUCAUGGUCCAGCAGUCGGAACCGGCCCCAGAGAAGGAGCAGAUCAAGGUCUCGUUCCAGAAGGCACCAUGAGCGGAAGUACAGGGGCUUCUUGCCAUCUAACCGGUCGCGAUCUCACAGCCGCCGGCACCGAGAGUGGCGCUGUGAGCUGUCCAGGCGGUAUUACCGGUCUCCGCCCUACAGAGCCCGAUCGCGACCCCGAUCCCGUACCAGGUUGCACUCUCCGGGAGGGUCGUAUCACAGAAGGGCCUCCGCGAUCACACGGGAGCGACGCCACUACUGCUUUGGUCGCAAGGUGUACCCGGAGGAACACCGCAGGCGGAGGAAGAGAUCCAGGACCAGGUCUCGGAGCAGAACCCCUUUUCGCUUAAGUGAAAAAGAUCGAAAGGAGCUGUUAGAAAUAGCAAAAGCCAAUGCAGCGAAAGCUUUAGGAACAACCGAUAUUGACUUGCCAGCUGGUCUCGGUGAUGUUCCUGCAGCCAAAGAAACAAGCCGUAGAACAGCUGUACCAAAUAAUGUUGCAAAGGUCAAGCUGUGGGAAAAGCUAACAGAAGAUGGGACUAAAACUUGCAGUGAGAAAUCUUCCCCGAAAAGAAGCAUAGCUUUUAGCUCUAAAGAUUCUGUAGCAACGCCAAUACAGAAAUCAGCUAAAGCUGUUGCGGAAGAGACAUCUUCAGGAUCUCCAAAAACAGAUCAGGAAAAGCGUCCACGUGGACUGUGGAUACCUGUCUAA